AUGACUGAGCGUCUUACCCCAAAGCCUCGAAGUUUCCAGCGCGUUUCCUUUGUUAGUUUACUGGCUGGAAUCCACCCCCCACCCCCAAGCACCCCGCCCGGCCUGGGCCCAAGGAUUGGCUCCGCCCGACGGAAGCCUGGCCGGUGGGCCCCGCGGCGCGUGCGGCCCCGGCGUCGACUCCUGCCCGCUCGGGCCUCCCGGUUGCCCUCGUCCCGGCCGCGCCUUGGGCGGCCCAAACGCCAGGCCGUGCGCGGUGGAUGGACAUCUCACUGGACAAUUGUGAUCAUAUCUCCCCUUGCUUUUGCUGGACAGGCUCCAGAGAGGGACAGGCCAACAGGGGAUGAAAGGCCUUCGACUCCUUCUCCAUCACCCCAGCCGGCCGCUGAGAACUCCUACCUAUACUCCACGGAGAUCACACUGUGGACCGUGGUGGCUGCCAUCCAGGCCGUGGAGAAGAAGGUGGAUUCCUGCCUGGCCCGCCUGCUGACUCUGGAGGGGCGGACAGGGACGGCCGAGAAGAAGCUGGCCGACUGUGAGAAGACGGCCGUGGAGUUCGGGAACCAGCUGGAGGGCAAGUGGGCCGUGCUGGGGACCCUGCUCCAGGAGUACGGGCUGCUGCAGAGGCGGCUGGAGAACGUGGAGAACCUGCUGAGGAACAGGAACUUCUGGAUCCUGCGGCUGCCCCCAGGCAGCAAGGGCGAGGCCCCCAAGGUGCCCGUGACCUUUGAUGACGUGGCCGUGUAUUUCUCUGAGCUGGAGUGGGGCAAGCUGGACGAGUGGCAGAAAGAGCUGUACAAGCACGUGAUGAGGGGCAACUACGAGAUGCUGGUCUCCCUGGAUUAUGCCAUCUCCAAGCCGGACAUCCUCACCCGGAUGGAGAAGGGAGAGGAGCCUUGUCCUGAAGGCCCGUGGGGCGGAGAGGAAGGGAAUGAGAGAGAGGAAGCAUGCCCCCAGAGGCCAGGUGCUGGUGAGUGGGGGCAUGGCCGGGGCUGGGAACAGUCCACGUGUGUCCCUGCCCUCCUGCACUUCCCACACUGCGAGGCCAGGAAGGAGUGCAGGCCCCUUAUCUCAGGGUAGGCCAUGCUCUGGCUGCUUUCACCCGUUCUACCUACCCCCUACCCCUCAC